GAUACUAUAAUUAGGUCUGGCAUGGUCGUUGUUGUGGCGGUGUUGGUGGUGGUGGAACAAAAUGAAGGUGGGCGGGGGAGUGGUGAACGGAUUACCUUGCGCAAGGGUGCUUCCCACAUUAUUUCUCCGCCGCGGCCGACCUACAAUCAGAUGCUCUUACACUUCCUCGUUUUCUGACCAUAUCUCAUUCAUCAAAGAUGUAGCUGCAACUCAACCUCCUGAACAUCUGCAAUAUUUGUUGAAAAUGCUUCAAACGAGAGGUGAAACCAUCAUUUCUCCUGGAGCUAAGCAAGGUUUAAUCCCCCUUGCUAUUCCCCUAUCAGAAAGUCAAUCAGGUGCUGUAACUGCCUUGCUGCGAUGGCCAACAGCUCCUUCUGGGAUGGAGAUGCCAGUUGUGGAAGUCCGUAAACAUGGGGUGUGGCUUUUAGCCAAGAAUGUAGAUCAAUAUAUUCAUAGAAUAUUGGUUGAGGAGGAUGCCAACAACACACAGGAAAGUAAUGACAAACUAUUUACUGCUUCAUCUGAGGCUGGUAAUAAACUUUACAGAAGGGGUGACCUUGCUGAAUCUCAAGUUGCAAGUCUUGAUGUCUAUCUUUUGAAGAAGGUUGGUUUGUUUCCAGAUGUUUUAGAACGUAAAGUGAUGGAACACUUCGAGAAAGGGGACCAUGUUUCAGCACUGGUGACUGGGGAGUUCUACACAAAAAAGGAACACUUUCCAGGAUUUGGGCGUCCUUUUGUAUUUAAUGCAGAAAUUUUGCUGAAGGUUGGACGUAAUCUAGAAGCUAAAGAUGCUGCGAGGGGGGCACUUAAAUCACCAUGGUGGACUUUGGGAUGCAAAUACGAGGAAGUUGCUGAAAUUGCACAGUGGGAGGAUGAACAAAUUGAAUAUAUCAAGGAAAAGGUAACAGAAGAAGGUAAACAAGAAGAUCUGAAGAAGGGAAAGGCACCUGCUCAGGUUUCAUUGGACGAAGCUGCAUUUUUAUUGGAUUUAGCCUCUGUUGAAGGGACAUGGGCUGAAUACACAGAGCGAAUUGCUGAAUGUUAUAAAGAUGCUGGACUGCAUGAUAUUGCGAGAUUUGUGCUGUACAGAGGUUGAAUAUUGAUAGGAAUAGGGCAUCAUACAAGAAUGUUGCGAGAAUCCAAUGGCUGUUGGUGCAUUGGCAAUAAGGCUUCUCAUGCAGGUCUCAAAGGAUAGCUGGAUGGUUCAUGCUCCGUUCACAAUUUUUAGUCUGCACUUCGCACUUCCGCAGGUUGUCUGAUGGAUCUAGGCAAAAUUAAAUUGUUCAAUCUGCGAUUUUGAUGCAUUAAAUUCAGGAAGUAGAUCCAUUUCUUGGAUAGAUAGAAAUAUGGGAUCAUGAUUACAGCAAGCAGAUUGAGUUUCUUUUA